AUGGACGACUUUGAAUGGAGUGGAGAGCUUCUUCACAGAGCCAAACAGGUCUUCGGAAUCCAGGACUUCCGGUUCUGCCAAAAGGGCGUGUGUAACGCUAACAUGGACGGGAGGGACGUCGUUUGUGUCAUGCCUACUGGAGGAGGGAAAUCUCUCACUUACCAGCUUCCGGCGCUCUUGACACCUGGAACGACGGUCGUUAUCUCCCCUCUGGUGUCGCUCAUCACAGAUCAGAUAUUGCAUUUGCGCGAAGCGGGAGUGGAGGCGGUGAUGCUUACUGGAGGGACGAAGAAGGAGGAGUCCAGGGAGGUAUUUAACCGGCUGGGGAAGAAGAAGCAUGCGAGAGAGCAAGAGGAGAAGGAGAUCAAGCUCUGUUAUGUGACUCCCGAAAGGAUCGCGAAAAGCAAGACGUUCAUGAGUCUUAUGGAGAAGAUGGCUCUGGACGGAAGGCUCGCGAGGAUCGUCAUCGACGAAGCCCACUGCGUCUCUUCCCUGGGGCAUGAUUUCCGACCGGAUUAUAAGAAACUCUCCAUCCUGCGCCAGCUCUUCCCCUCCGUUCCUAUCCUUGCUCUCUCCGCCACUUGUCCUCCGAGCGUACUCAAAGACCUGCUCAAGAUCCUCAAGCUCCGCCCGGUAGUAGACGGAACCUCCGCCCCCCUGGACGGCGGGACGGUGUACUUCUCCUCUCCUCUUUACCGGGCCAACCUGCAUUAUUCCGUUCUCCCCAAACCGCCUUCUGCGGCAGGAGCAAUCCAGGCUAUGGCGGACUAUAUCCUUGCUCACCAUAGGGGAGAGUCGGGCAUCGUAUACUGCCUAUCGAAGAAGGACACACAGACGGUCGCGGAUGGGAUCGCCCAAGCCAGCAAAGGGAAGAUCAGGACAGGGGUAUAUCAUGCAGACGUAGAAGAUGCGGAGAAGGAGGGCAUCCACAGGCGGUGGAGAACCGGCCAGGUGCAGGUCGUAUGCGCUACGAUUGCCUUCGGCUUGGGGAUCGAUAAAGGCGACGUCCGCUUCGUACUGCAUCAUUCGAUGUCGAAGAGCCUCGACGGGUUUUACCAGGAGUCUGGACGGGCGGGACGGGAUGGCAAGCAUGCGGAUUGUGUAUUGUAUUAUAGAGGGCAGGACGCGACGCGUCUCAGCUCGCUGAUAUGUGGCGAAGUCGAGGGACAAGAGAAAUGUAUGUUCAUGCUACGUUUUGCGCAGAACUUGACCGAUUGCCGCAAGUUGCUGUUCGCGAGGUACUUCUCCGCUUCCUCCGAAUUGGCCACGGCGGCAUGGGAAGACCCCUCCGCGCCUGCGUCCCUCGCCCCUUGUGGGCACUGCGACAACUGCCUGCGCCCGCCGAGCACCGUCAGCCGGAAAGACGUGACAUUCCAGGCUUGGCAGAUCCUCAGAGUUGUAGAAGAGGUAUGUAGGGAGGGGGGACGGGUGACGGUGGGCAUGCUUGCGGAUUUGGCGAGGGGGUUGGGAGGGGGGGCGUUUGCUGUUUCGGGAGGGGGAAAGGGGAAGAGGCGGAAGUCCGAAAAGUCUGAGCUGGACCUGGAGCCCCUAGGUGGGAAAGUAGACUUGAGCAAAGACGACGUCGAAUUCCUCACAAUUCAGUUGAUACUCGACCGGUACCUGGCAGAAGACUACCACCAGACUGCGUAUGCUGUUAACGUCUACCUCUCACCUGGGUUACGAGCUGCGAGGCUGACGAGGCUUCCUCUUGCACUUGUACGGUCGGGACAGAGGGAAGGACCGAAAGUGGAAGGAGUGUUCUUACUCCCUCUGCCGAGGAAGGCAAGGGUGAGUAUGGGGGCAAAAGGGAAGCAGGCGAAGGUCGACGAUAGCUGGGUACCGGAGAGGAAGGGCAAGAUUCGGGCGAGCAAGUAUCCCCCUGAGGACGUGUACGGCGAUGAGGAGGAGGAGGACGACGGUGACGUUGAGCUCGUUGAGCCUGAUUCGGAGGAGACGGAUAUCGUGGAGGGUGAUGAUUGGCAGCUGGAUAUGCGAGGGAAGAGGAGGCUUCCAAGUACUAAUGGCACUGGUGGCACUGGGCGGCAGGCGAAGAGGCGAAAGGGGAAUGGGAGCGGAGGAAAGGAUGCGAAUGUGUAUGAGAACUCGGACAUGGACGAUAUUGAGGGUGUUACGGCGGUUUGGGAGGACGGGCAGGAGGUGUAUGUUAUUUCCCCCUGA